UUGGCUCCCGCAGCAUAAUUGAUCGCACUGGGUGUGAAUGGCUGCUCUCUAGCAGCCAAUGGCUGAGCACCGGAUGCGAGAUAUCCGCUGCAAACAACAAGCGCUCUGUUCCCCCUUCAGCUUGACGCCAUUUACAGCCCAAAUCCCGACCUCCUCUCCGGAAAGAGCCAAAAAAAAAAACACAAAUUCACGCACGAGUAACAAAAAGUACUCGCGGAACCCGCACGGAGACUCUGGAUAAACCCAAGAGAAGCGCUUCACUAGUGGAGCACAGCGCUAGUUUGAACUAUUUUACCGCCUCGUGUUCCUGCGGGAUUUACCCCCCCCCCCCACCACCAUCCGUACCCUCUUUUUUUGAACGCGUCCCGUUGUGGAAACUCGUCUCGAUGGAUCUUUACCGACGGCUCCCCGCACCGAGCAGCUCGCGCGUGGAAUAAACUCGUCCCGCGAGUUGGAUUUAUUUCACCGGAACGGGGGCAAAGUGUGGCAAGCACGGACUUCAGAUGUGUCCCAUGCCAGCCAGAGUGACCCUUCAGUCCCGAUAUGGAUUCCACGAGUCACAACGACAGCGACGGGGGAGGAGGGCGCCGCGGGUGGUCGCCACCAUUGGCCGACUCGCCGGUUCCGCCGCAUGACGAAGGGGGACCGCAACCACGGCCAGCGCUCAACCUGGACGCUCCGCCAGAUCCCGGGUCGACCAACCGGCGGCCGUCCCACGCUGCAGCAGUGCUGUCUCUUGAUCAGAUCUGCAUCAGCGGCAGCAGUAAUGAGUACACAGAAGGGCCCACCGUUGCCCAGGGGUCUCCGGCCGCUGCGCAUCGGCAACAGAAGAGCGACAUGGUGUCGCCGGGUCCAAGGACCAGUGGGCCGCAGAACUCUCCGGAAGAGGAGCCCAAUAAUCUCCGUAACCUGAAUUUGUUCCCUCAAUACGGGAACUCCAGCGCUUCCGUCUCGUCCCGGGAGGAAUCCCAGAGCGGCAUUAGGAGCAGCGUGGGCAUCCCGUCCUCCGGCCAGCGGCUCUCCGGCAGCAACCAGACAAUCAGAACACAGCCGACGCGCACCGAGCUGAACUCUGAAGAGCUGAAGCCCCUGAAUCGCGAGUCCAGGGCCCUGGCGGCCGUGCCCGGCAGCCAGGGCGGCAAGCACCUUGGUGUCCACGGCAACAAGUGCGAGGACUGCGGCCGCUGCCGCUGCCCCGAGUGCAGCCGCCCACGGGUGCUCCCCUCCUGCUGGACGUGCGGCCGGCGGUGCGUGUGCUCGGUGCAGAGCGCGGUGGAGUACGGGACGUGCGUCUGCUGCGUGAAGGGGCUCUUCUACCACUGCUCCAGCGACGACGAGGACACGUGCGCCGACAAGCCCUUCUCGUGCACGCAGUCACACUGCUGCGUCCGCUGGACCACCGUGUCGCUCCUCUCCCUGCUCUUCCCCUGUCUCCUGUGCUACCUCCCGGCAAAAGGAUGCGUCGCCGUGUGCCAGAGCUGCUACGAUCGAUCCGCCCGACCGGGCUGUCGGUGCGGGAGCGCCAACCCGAAACGCUGCGAGGACGGCGGCAAGCUGACGUAGGCGAGGCGGCGGCGCGUACUGGAGCGCAAAGAGACUUUGCCUUUGCGUUGACUGAACUAAGAAGACGGCCCCGUAGUUGUUUGACUAGAGAGCUAAUGAUGCUUGUGUUUUCCAUGCAGAUCUUAAUGACAUUUUGCCGGGGACAUGGUCACGGUUUUGCCUUCAGGUGUCAACUUGGGUGGCGGGUUGACAAAUGAGCGGCGAUAACAGGAGUCGCUCAGCCCAGCGCCUUGAGUUUCAGUUGACAGGUAAACCAAAAUAUGCCGUGGUGGUUAAAGACGCAUUCAACACUGGUUUGUCUGAAAAAAAAUUACUUCUUCACUCAAGUGCCCAGAUAUAGUCCAAAUGGAUAGCCUUUUUUUAAUGUCUAAUACAACUUAUAUGCUAAAAGCAGACUCCCAUUACUAACUGUAUGUAAGUAGUAAAUGCAAAGGGUAUGUACAUUAGACUAUGAGUUUGACAGAUGUUUUAUUUUUGUACAUAUAAUAAUACUUCAACUGUGAAAGGUUUUCUGCCAUACCAGAGGCACUUUGAUGAAUCUGCAUUUAUAUGAAUCAGUCGACUUCAUUCUCACCAUGUUUUUACAUUCACUGGAAUGUAUAUCAAUCAUUUAAUUUACUAAGGAAAAAUUGUAUCCCUUCUACGUGUAAAUUGUACAGUGACCAUAUAUGAAAAUUUUAUUUUCUAAUUCCAACAUUGCUUAGUGUAAAGUUUAAAAAAUAUAUAUAUUUAUUUGAAGGUUUAUUAUUUUAUAAUGAAAAGUAUUUAUUUUGAGAAAGCAUUGUUCAUGCGUCACCUCUCAUGGGGCUGCCCUGUAGUCGCUGCAGAUUUUGAGGUGACCUGUAGGAGUGUCAAAGCUGGAUGAAUAGUUGACUAUGAAUUAGAAGACAAAUAUAUUAACGUUUGAAAUUAAACAACCUUGAAGUCUGA